AUGAAGCUUCCCCUUCCCGUCGCCCGCUUUUCCCCUACCCGUCGCCACGAUUUCGACCCCCCCCGACGCCCGCCCUUCGCCCGCAUUUCCCCUUCCCUUCGCCCGCUAUUCCCCUUCUCGUCGCCCGCUCCCGUCGCCCCUUUUUCCCCUUCCCGUCGCCCGCUUUUCCCCUUCCCGUCGCCCGCUUUAGCCCUUCCCGUCUCCCGCUAUUCCCCUUCCCGUCGCCCCCUUGCCGCUCCUCACCGUCCCCCCCCCAGCUCUCUACCCGGCAUCUCCCCCGCUCCCCACGUCCUCUUCCCUGCCUCCCCCCAUUCCCUUCCCUGCUUCCCCCCGUCCCCUUCCCUCCUUCCCCCCAUUCCCUUCCCUGCUUGCCCCCGUCCCCUUCCCUCCUUCCCCCCGUCCCCUUCCCAUCAUCCCCCCAUCCUCUUCCCUGCUUCCCCCCGUCCCCUUCCCUGCUUCCCCCCAUCCCCUUCCCUGCUUUCCCCCGUUCCCUUCCCUCCUUCCCUCCUGCCGGCCCGCCACCUCACCUGA